GGGGGUCACCGCCGCUCAUUUCGAAUGCGCCGGGCGCUCUCUCGCUUCGCGCCCCUACUAAGAUAUUUGGGGGGGCGAGCGGGAUGGGUGGGGGGUUAUUUUGGUGCGCCCCGGGUCCCUGAGUGAUGUACCGGCCCCCCGCUGUGCGCAUGCGCGGCCCGGCUCUUUAUUGGAGCGCGGCGUGAGCGGCGCGCGCCGCACUUCAGCACCUUCCGCGUGGACAGCGCCCACCGUGCCCGGGCGGAGCCCCCCCCCCCCUCUCUCCACACGAGCCCUGCCACCCCACGCCACCUGCAGCUCUGUGGCUUGAGCCCCUUCGAGCGCGCUCUGCGAGGUGAGGCACCCAGGCGGGGUGCCGAGGAGGACCAGGGGGCUCCAGGGGACGCCAGGGGAGGGUCACCGCGAGACCGCGCGGCAGCAUGGGGCGCGUGGUCGAGUGGAGCGCGCAGCCGCCGACUCUGAACGUCACCUUCGGCCAUCACCUCCAGAUGCUGCUACUGCUGCAGCAGCAGCAGGUGAACGCCUCCUCCAACGGCACGGGCGGCGGCACGCAGCAGCAGCCGCAGCGGCUCUCGCUCGAGUUCCAGGUGGUGAGCGCGCUGCUGGUGCUGCUCGUGUGCGCCGCGGGCAUCGUGGGCAACGCCAUGGUGGUGGUCGUGGUGCUGACCACGCGCGCCAUGCGCACGCCCACCAACUGCUACCUCGUGAGUCUGGCGGUGGCCGACCUCACGGUGCUGGUGAGCGCGGGGCUGCCCAACGUGGCCGAGAGCCUGGCGGGAACCUACGUGUUCGGCCAGGCUGGCUGCCUCUCCAUCACCUACCUGCAGUACCUGGGCAUCAACGCCUCCUCGUGCUCCAUCACGGCGUUCACGGCGGAGCGCUACAUCGCCAUCUGCCACCCGAUCCGCGCGCAGUUCCUGUGCACGGCGAGCCGCGCCAGGAAGAUCAUCGCGCUCGUGUGGGCCUUCACGGCGCUCUACUGCGUCGUCUGGUUCUUCCUCGUUGACCUCCAGCGGGAGGAGGCCACGGGCGGCCUCUACUGCGGCUACCGCGUGUCGCGUCGCCUCUACCUCCCCAUCUACCUAAUCGACUUCGCCAUCUUCUUCGCGCUGCCGCUGGCGCUCGCCACGGCGCUCUACGCGCUCAUCGGGCGCGUCCUCUUCAUGAGCCCCAUGCCCUCCAAGGGGCCCGGGGACACCGCCGCGCAGCGCUGGGGGCCCGCGGACGCAGCGGCUGGCGGCGCUGGAGCGGCCGGGCAGGCGGGGCGGCUGCUGCUGCUGUGCAGCAGCCGGCGCUCCAAGUCGGCGCUCGCGUCGCGCAAGCAGGUGGUGAAGAUGCUGGCCGUGGUGGUGGCGCUGUUCGCGCUGCUCUGGACGCCCUAUCGCACCCUGGUGCUCGUCAACUCCUUCCUGUCGCCCCCGUACGCCGACUCGUGGUUCGUGCUCUGCUGCCGCCUCUGCGUCUACCUCAACUCGGCGUGCAACCCCGUGGUCUACAGCCUCAUGUCGCAGAAGUUCCGCGCCGCCUUCCGCAAGCUCUGCGCGUGCCCGUGGCGGCGCGUGUGCCCGCCGUGCCCUCCGGGCGGCGGGGGCCCCGGGGCCCGCGGGGCCCGCGGGGCAGCGAGCGCGGCUGGUGGCCGAGGAGGCCCGAGGGCUCGCGGGCGAGAUGAGGAGGAUGAGGAGGAGGGGCGGGGGAGGGGAGGUCGCGCGCCACGGGGGGUUAGCGCGUGCGCCGCACACGGGAACGGGAUCGGGGUCACGUGCGUGACCUUCGGCGAGCGAGACACGGGGGACGUGGAGGUCACGACCUUUAGCAUCGCCUAG